GCCGGGCCGCGGACAAGGCGCGGGAGGGGCCGCAGCAGGGCCGGGGCCGCAGCCAGCCCGGUUCGGGAGCUGCGCACCCGCGGACAGGCGCGGCCGGGACAGGGGCCCCGGAGGGCUCCGGCCCCGACGCCCCCGCUUUGGGCAGCGUUUGCCGCUGGGGGCCGCGGGAAGCGUUCCUGGGGUCCCGGACCCCCGCGGCGGGCGCAGGGACAUCGCCAUGGCCACCGCGGAGCAGCCGCAGCCCCCCCGGGCCGGCGGCGAGGCAGCGGAGCCGGAGCCCGGCGGCGGGUACGAGCCUGUGGUCCCGCACUGGUUCUACUGCAGGGCGGCGGACGGCAGGGAGCGGUGGGUCCCCUUCAGCAGCCAGGACUCGGAGCGGCUGGAGGAGGCGUUCGGCGCAGGGGGAGCCCAAGCAGAGGUGGUGGUGCCCACCUCGGGGGGUAGGUACGACGUGCGGCUGCAGCAGCGGCAGCGGGUGGCAGUGUACUGGGAGGAGGAGGUGUCGGAGGUGCGGCGCUGCACCUGGUUCUACAAGGGGGACAAGGACAAUAAGUACAUCCCCUACUCAGAGACCUUCAGUGAGGAGCUGGAGGAAGCUUACAGGAUUGCUGUGACCUUGGAUGAGUGGAAGAAGAAACUGGAGUCCCCCAGCAGGGAAAUCAUUAUCUUGCACAACCCAAAGCUGAUGGUGCACUACCAGCCAGUCGCCACCUCUGACGAUUGGGGCUCCACUCCCACGGAACAAGGUCGACCUCGAACUGUGAAGAGAGGAGUGGAAAACAUUGCUGCUGACAUCCCCAGCGGAGAGCCACUGCAGAUCGACCACUUGGUGUUCGUGGUGCACGGCAUCGGCCCCGCCUGCGACAUUCGCUUCCGCAGCAUCGUGCAGUGCGUGAAUGACUUCAGGAACGUCUCCCUGAGCAUGCUGCAGGCACACUUCAGGAAGGCCCAGGAGCAGCAGCAGAUCGGCAGGGUGGAGUUCCUGCCCGUGAACUGGCACAGCUCCCUCCACUCCACCGGCGUGGAUGUCGACCUGGAGCGGAUCACUCUGCCCAGCAUCAACCGGCUGCGUCACUUCAUCAACGACACCAUCCUGGACGUCUUCUUCUACAACAGCUCCACCUACUGCCAGACCAUCGUGGACACGGUGGCCUCGGAGAUGAACCGGCUCCACCAGCUCUUCCUGCAGAGGAACCCCCUCUUCAAAGGGGGGGUCUCCAUCGCGGGGCACAGCCUGGGCUCCUUGAUUCUGUUUGAUCUCCUGACAAACCAGAAAGCUGCUCCUGAGCAGGACGAGCAGGGCACAGAGGGCUCCAGGACAAGCUCAGGCAGCAGAGGUGUGGAGGAAGUCAAAGAAGUGCUGAAGCAGCUGGAGCUGUCUGAGUACUGCGAGGUGUUCGAGAGGGAGAAGAUGGACAGGCAGGCACUGUUCUUGUGCGUGCAGGAAAACCUGAAAGAAAUGGGAAUUCCCUUAGGACCAAGAAUGAAGCUGCUCAACUACAUCAGCUCCCAGAAGGAGAUGCAGGACCAGGGUGCAGCAGCUGCUGGGCACAGCAGGGAGCACAGAGCCCCUCCUGGACCCCCAUCAGAGCACGACCUGGAUGGCAGAAGCUGCCAGUACCGCGACGUCGGCUUAGGGCAGGUCUCAGCCAACUACCCCCAGCUGAACUACAAGCCCUGCAUCUUCUUCGCCUUCGGCUCUCCCAUCGGCAUGUUCCUGACGGUGCGGGGGGUGAAGCGAAUCGACCCCAACUACAGCCUGCCCACCUGCAAGGGCUUCUUCAACAUCUUCCACCCCUUUGACCCAGUGGCCUACAGGAUUGAGCCCAUGAUCGUCCCCGAUGUGGAGUUCGAGCCCAUGCUGCUGCCUCACCACAAGGGCAGGAAGAGGAUGCACCUAGAGCUGAAGGAAGGGCUGACCCGCAUGAGCGUGGACCUGAAGAACAACCUGCUGGGGUCGCUGCGGGUGGCCUGGCAGUCCUUCACCCGCGCCUCGCUGCCAGCUCUGGAGGCAGCCAGCGCCGACCCCGAGCUGGAGGCAGAGCCUGGUGCAGAGAAGCAGCCAGACACAAAGGCAGAGGAGCCCCCCCCGGCAGCCAAGGAAGAGACUCCUCCCAUCAACGUGGGGAGGCUGAACGGGGGGAACCGCAUCGACUACGUGCUGCAGGAGAAGCCGAUCGAGAGCUUCAACGAGUACCUCUUUGCCCUGCAAGGACACCUCUGCUACUGGGAGUCAGAAGACACAGUUCUGCUGGUUCUGAAGGAGAUCUACCAGACACAAGGCAUUACACUGGAUCAGCCUUUGCCAGGAAGCCAGUGACCAGCCUGUGCUCUUUGGCUGCUGGAUUGCUGUGUCUAAGGCAGCAGCCUGGGGCAGGUUUUCCUUUGGCCUGGCUGCACAUUGGGCUCCUUUCCUCUCCUGCACACAAGCACUCAGACAAGAGGAGAGCUGCUAACCUCCUGCUGCAGACAAGGGCAGCAGCAACCGUGCAUGGUUCCACUCAGUUCAGUCAAGCAGGGAAGGACCAGACCAUGGCCCCACACUCCAGCCUCCUGGCCUGAAUGUUCCUUAUAGGUGGUGGUGCAGCAGGGCAUGGACAGAGCUGUGCUCAGCCUCUGCUGCUGACUUGAGUGAGGGUAGAAGAGGCUGAGGCACAGCCUUGGGUUUGCUCUCAAAGCCCAGCAGUGCGUGUGGGAGGCUGGGCUGGGUGGGAAGGAGGUUGCACUGAGGUGGGGGUUGGUCUCUUCUCCCUAGAUUCAGGUGAUAGGAAAUGGCCUGGAGUUGUGCCAGGGCAGGGUUAGUUUGGAGAUGAGGAAAAAUUUGUUUGCUGCAAGAGUGGUCAGGGACUGGCACAGGCUGCCCAGGGAGGUGGUGGAGUCCUUGGCCCUGGAGGUGUGCAAGAAACCUGUGGCCAUGGCACCUGGGGGCAUGGUUUGGUGCCCGUGGUGGGGUUGGGUUGAAGGUCAGAUCUUGGGAGUCUUUUCCAACCCAAACAGUUCCAUGACUCCAGGACACUUUGGUCUGCCCCAGUGCAGCUGUUGCUACCUUCUUCUGCUUCCUUAGAUCCCAGUCACUUGAGCACUCACCAGCACAGUCCAGAUGUCUUCUCUGCCUUCCUCUCUCCUCUGCUGCUGUCCCCUGCAUGCUGCCUCCCAAGUACUUGCUGCUCCCUGGAGCCAAGGAUGAUUUUCCUCCAUUUCGGGUACGGGUUGGGGGGGGAACCCAACCCAAAACUGCUGAGGGCAAAGUGCUGCAGCACAUCCAGCACCUGCACUGGCACCCCCUGCGUACUGCCAGCCUCCGCAGCAGAGAGCAGCUGCCUGGGCUGGGAGCUGCUCCCCGGAGGGCUCCUGGCUGCGUGGGGAAGCUCAGAGCUGCUCUCCUUGAGGAGUCAUUAGGAAAAGGCCUUAAAGAUGCAGCGUGGAGAGAGCCAAAGCAGCCUUGUGGAGCCCAGGAGGUGGCUGCCUGCUGCCCGCAGUGCCCCAGCGCGGCAGGGGGGAGGGCUCUGGGCACGGGGAGGCGAGGCCCAGGCUGCAGGCAGGAGCAGGAAUGUGUCCUACCAGCCCCUGCCACCUCCUUCAGCUGCUGCUGUGGGGUUUGUACACCCCUGGGGCCACGCCAGGCAGCACUGUCCCUUAAAGCACCCUGUGAGAGUGGCAGGGUUGUGUGCCCUUGCCCCAGCUGCUCCUGCCCGCUGGGGGAGGCUGGCAGCGACCUCUCAGCACCCCCACCCAGCAGCCCACGUGUGGGACUGAGCUAGCAGCCAGGUUCUACCUGCAGGAUUCACCUCCAGCUCAAAGCACAGCUGCACUGGAGGGGAAAGCAGCUGCUCCUCAGCAGCAUCCCAGCAGCUGGGAGGCCUGGAGGGCAGUCUGCUGCUACCCUGCUGCUGUCUGGCUUGCAGGGUGGCCCACAGGGAUCUUUGCAGCCAGGCUCCAGUCCUUGAGUUGGGUUUGAAGUACACAAAAGGAAGCCAGCAAAGUGGGGGCCCAGAGCUGUAAGGUCUGGACACUGCACCCCCAUGAGCCCAUGGAGGAAUGACACCAGCUCUGCCCUCUGGUGUGCCAGCUCUGCUCCAAAGGGGACAGAGAGGCUCCUGUGAUCCCCUCCCUGCGACCAAAACCCCCCCAGGCUGACCUCAGAACCCCCAGACUGACCUCAACCUCUCCCCAACUCGGCCCCAAAUCCCUCCAGGCUGACCUGAAACUUCUCAAGCCAGCCUUGAACCCCCCCUCAGGUUGACCCCAAAACUUCUCAGGUCAACCUCUAAACCCCCUAGGCCAGCCACAAAUCCCUCAAGGCUGACCCGAAACCUUUCAAGCCACCCCAAAACCCCCCAGCCUGACCCCAGAUCCCUGCAGGCUGAUCCCAAACCUCUCAGGCCAACCUCAAAACCCCCUAGGCCAGCCACAAAUUCCUCCAGACUGACCUGAAACCUUUCAAGCCACCCCAAAGCCCGACCCCAAAUCCCUCCAGGCUGACUCCAAAACCUCUCAGGCUAACCUCAAAACCCCCCAGGCUGACUCCAAAUCCCCCCUAGGCCAUCCUCAACUUCCUCCCUGGCUGACCCAGGUUGAGCUGAGGCUGGAGCCUUGAGGCAGGGCAGAAGCAGACACUCAGAUGUGUCAGGUCUUUGCCUUUGGAAGAACCAAACCACUUUCCCCUCCCUGCCUUUUGCCCUGCAUGGGGUCAGGAACCUUUUCUCCACAGCCUGUGGCUUUGGUUGGGUUUUUGUGUCCUCCACUGCACAUCAUUUGCACUAUGAGAAAGGUUUUGUGUGGAGCCUGCAUCCUUCCUUCCCUUCCCCCUCCACUCCCAUCCCCAGGGAAAGAGAUCUUUUACCUGACUGCAAGAACAGGAACUGCUCAGCCUCAGCUGCUGCUUGCUGAGAGGUCUCCUGCAGCAGUAGGGAAAAGGAAUGGUCUGCCCAUGGGACACUUCUCAACAUCAGCUCUUUGAGUUAUGCACUUUGUAAAAAGAAGAGGGAGAAAACAAGAAAAGAGGAGAAGUUAAACACCUCUGAGAUGUUAUUUAAUGUCUUUUGCAGUAAAAGCCAAAAUAAACUAAGUAGCUGAG